AUGGGAAGCGGAUGCCGAGGAGCGUUGCUCUGCAAAUCCUCCUCACUCUCCUUUCUAAUUCCUUCUUCUUUCACUUCGUCUCAUCUCAGAUUCAACAAAUCAAUCACCAACUCCAACUCUUAUCGGAUGGCCACCGAGGCUUCGUCGCCAUCUUCCGCCACUGGCGGUGACACUAUCAAUUCCUCGGCAAAUAAAGGCGCUGCUUGUUCUGCUGCUGCUGCUUCUUCUGCGUCCUCUGCUAUCGACUUUCUCUCCCUAUGUCACAGCCUUAAGACAACGAAAAGAGCUGGAUGGAUUCGGAGAGAUGUUAAGGAUCCGGAAUCUAUAGCUGAUCAUAUGUACAGAAUGGGAUUGAUGGGUCUGAUUAUGGCUGAUAUUCCUGGCAUUGAUCGAGACAAGUGCAUUAAGAUGGCAAUUGUUCAUGACAUUGCAGAAGCAAUUGUUGGUGACAUUACCCCUUCAGACGGGAUUUCAAAGGCAGAGAAGAGUCAACGAGAGAGAAAAGCGUUAGACCACAUGUGCAAACUACUUGGUGGAGAGGCAAGAGCCAAGGAAAUCAGUGAGUUAUGGAUGGAGUAUGAGGAAAAUUCUUCAGCAGAGGCCAAAAUUGUCAAGGACUUUGACAAGGUGGAGAUGAUACUUCAAGCUUUAGAAUAUGAAAAUGAGCAAGGGAAGGAUUUGGAUGAAUUUUUCCAGUCAACUGCUGGAAAGUUUCAGACCGAGCUUGGGAAAGCUUGGGCCAAGGAAAUUGCAUCGAGGAGGAAAAAAGAGAAUUAAUUUGACACCUUAACUGAUGUUAGGAAAUGUUCUUGUUACUCACCGCCCUGACUCCUGACGCAAUGUUAUUACCUUCAUCCAUUUGUUAGUUAUAUAUAUCGGCAAAAUUAAUAACUUGUCUCAUACCAGAAUUUUGCAGCACUUAGCUUCUGGUAAUCUCUGUUUCUUUUUUGCUUCAAACAGUCAUUUAUCAUGCUUUCAUUUUUGUAGUUCAUCAUAAAUUCUGAAACAACCAAAGUAGCAGUUUUAGGGUUACUGAA